UAUUUCAGUGUAACACACAGCGGGCGGAGUGUAAACACAUGAACGCGGGAAUGAACCUGUAGUCCAUUCAGUACUGUGUGUAUGUACUGUAGCAUUUACUGGUUUUAAUCCGUAUUUUGAUUACAACAAUAAGCUUGUAAUACGUUCUUGAACAAAUGUUUACAAGGAAGCUGCUGACGCUGGUGCUGGUGGUGCAGCCCGGUCGUGUGCUGCUGGGCAUGAAGAAGCGUGGCUUCGGAGCUGGGAAAUGGAACGGCUUUGGGGGCAAAGUUCAGCCUGGAGAGAGCAUCGAACAAGCGGCGAGACGGGAGCUGUUGGAGGAAAGCAGCCUCACUGUAAAAACGCUGCACAAGAUCGGAAACAUCACGUUCGAAUUCGUUGGAGAAACAGAGCUGAUGGACGUCCACAUUUUCCGAGCCGACGAUUACAGCGGCGAGCCGACCGAAUCAGAAGAAAUGAGGCCUCAGUGGUUCGAUCUGGACAAAAUCCCCUUCGGUGAAAUGUGGGCAGACGACGUGUUGUGGUUCCCGCUGAUGCUGCAGAAGAAAAAGUUUUUGGGCUACUUCAAGUUCCAGGGCCAUGAUGUGAUCCUGGAACAAAAGCUGAAUGAGGUGCAGGAGAUUUGAUCAGACCUUGAGCAGAGAUGUAAGGAGGCGACGCUUCUGUUCACACUCCGCUGUAGGGGUCGUGUGGAAGAAACAGACUCUUAGCAAUAUCAUCAGCUUGUCCUGGUGACACACGGAGCCUUUUCAGACUGGUUUAUAACACACGUCCAGGUGAAUGCCAUCACAGGAGUCUUCAGGUGACCACUUGUGAUUUAUCUAUGAAUAAUGUCCAUGAGCCUUGCACCUGAUUGCAUACCUACGUAACUCUUACAAUCAUUUUCUUCCUGCUAGAAACAUAUUUUGGCUGAGAAUCCAAAAUGAACCUCAAGUCCUUUUUUUUUUUUUUUUUUACGUCUCACCAACAAUGUUAAGGUUUCAUCUGAAACAUUGCCUCAAAUAUUAGUUCACUUUUAAGUGUAAUGAUUAAAAAUGACAUGACAGGACGAUAUCUCAAGUGGUUGAAUUUUUGCAUUGUGACCAUAAUGACUCAUCUCUCACCAGUGUAAGACCCAAACAUUUAUCAGAUUAAUAACAUGCGUUUCUGUCAUGAUGCUUCAAGCAGCAUCGUAGGCUAGCUAGUGCAUCAUUAAACACUUCUAUGUUCUCCAACUCAAACAAAUCGUAUAUAGACGCUUUCUUACAUUCCUAUACUUUAAUGUCUCAUCAUCCAUCAUUAAGCAACACUAUCACACUGGAACUUAGUUUAUAUUAACUUCUCCGACAAUGUUACGUCCCAGACGGCUUUUAUUUCCACUGUGCACUAAUCUGAGCACUAAACACCGUGUUCAGUAGUGAUGUUAUCUAACCUGUGAGGUGCACUUUAUACUCAACUGCCCUCCGAAGCAGGAAGAAAGCAGUAACAUCUCUUGCAGGGUUUUUAUUCAAUUAAUUUGUGAAGCUGAAUGUAAGUGCACUGAAGGACCACCGAGCCACAUCAUACUGUUUCUAAAUAUCACGGUAAUGUUCUGAAGCAAGUUUUCAAUCCCUGUACGUUUUCCUAACACAUGUUCUGUAUUGUCUGUAAAACUUUUUUUCUUUUUUUUUAAUAUUUAGCCAGUAUUAUUUGGCAGGAUAUAGAAAGAUUCUUAUAGCUUUUAUCUCAGACGUUGUUUAAGGGUUUACUUCACUGACUUCUGUUAUUAGUUUGUCGUUCAGAUAUUAGCGGGGUUUUUUUUUUUUUUUACCCUUUACACUGGAAAAACUGACAGCAGGUAGAAAUAUUUCGAACGUAGUCAGAAAUGUGUUCAGCAUUUUCUGUAAAAUCUAUAGUAGAUAGUAUACCGAUCAGGUAUUACAUUACAUAAUAUUAGGUUGGUUCCCCCUUUUGCUGCCAAAACAGCCCUGACACCUGAAGGUGUGCUGUAGUAUCUGGCCUCAAGAUAUUUUAAGUACAGAAGAUCCUUUAACUAUAAGUUGCAACCUACAAGGCUUAAAGGAUACUUUUUCGGAUCACACGGGCCAGCCUUCACUCCUUACAUGCGUCAAUGAGCCUUGGCUGUCCAUGACUCUGUCUCCGGUUCACCACUGUUCCUUCCUUGGACCACUUUUGAUAGAUACUGACCACUGCAGACCGGGAACACCCCACAAGAGCUGCAGUUUUGGAGAUGCUCUGAUCCAGUGGUCUAGCCAUCACAAUUUGGCCCUUUGUCAAACUCAAAGCACAAAUCCUUACGCUUGUCCAUUUUUCCUGCUUCUAACAUCAACUUUGAGGACAAAAUGUUGACUUGCUGCCUAAUAUAUCCCACUAACAGGUGCCAUGAUGAUGAGAUCAUCAGUGUCAUUCACUUCACCUGUCAGUGGUCAUAAUGUUAUGCCUGAUCGGUGUAAUUUUCAUUUACAAAUUUUAGACUUUAGCAAAAGAACAAGACUAUUUCAAGCAUCUUGGAUUAGUAUUUUAUAACAGGUAGUACUCAACUGAAAUCAGGAUGUUUACAUUUAUUCAUCAAGCUUUUUUUUUUUGUGGUAAGUGCAGUCACUUCACAUACGGCUGACCGGGCGAACAGAAUUAAUGCGGUUAUUCCAACGUGUUAUGUUUUAUGUAAAUGCAUCAUAAAGAAGUGAAUUUGUCUGAGUGCUCUGUUGGAAACUGGGAUGUUUUUGUAUCAUCAGCAUUAUGACAGACUCCAUUAGCACUCAGAAGAAACAAGCAGCUCAUGCAAAAUGUUCAUUUUUGUUCUGCUGUUUUGCUUGCACUUUCUUAGCAAACUUAAAUGUCCCAAUAAAUGUCACGCACCUUAAAAUGCCUCUGUAGUUGUGGUCUUAAGUUUACAUAUGGAAAAUGUUAAUUAUUUUAAAGAGUCAAGGAGGUGUCAACUUUUGAGCGGGAUGAUCAGUGUCAAUGAAUAUUAUUUUGUUUAUAUAAUUGAAUCCUGCCCCAGAAGCUACAAUGAGAUAUUUACAUUCUCCAGAUAAUGACAAUUUACACCGAUCAUCCUGGUCCAGAUGUUAAUCUUAAUGUAUCAUGUUGCCCUCUUAAGCAUCAGUGAAGCUUUGGGGUUUUUGUAAUGAGUCCCUCAGUAGUUCACAGUGUAUAAAGAUGGCUCUCAUCAUCCUAUAUUCAGUGGAAAGGUGUCCGAUAUGCAGAAGAUGCUGUGUGGAGUGUGCAGAAGCUGGAGGACUCAUGAACAACGAUCAUAAAAACAUGGUGGUCGCAGGUAACAACACUGUUAAGAAUCGAGCGAGUGUAAACUUCUGAACUGGUUCACUUGUGCAGAUUCAGAUUAUUGUAUCUUCUGGACUCGGUGGGAAAUAAAUAGAAUAAAACAGA